AUGGCCGGCAAAUUCACCCUCCCCGAGCUACCCUUCAAGCUGGAUGCCCUCGAACCCGCCAUCUCCAAAGAGAUCAUGGACAUCCACUACAACAAGCACCACAAGACCUACGUCGACAAGCUCAACGCGGCGCUCACCGCGCAAGCGAAGGCCUUCGAAAAGCCCAAGCCCGACUUCCCCGAGCUCAUCAAGCAGCAAAAGCUAGUCCAGUUCAACGCCGGCGGCCACAUCAACCACUCGCUGUUCUGGAAGAACCUGGCCCCCUUCGACAGCCCCGAGACACACAUCCACAAGGCCGCGCCCACCCUGGCCCCCGCUAUCAAGGAGCAGUGGGGAAGCAUCAAGGCCUUCACUGAAGCCUUUGAGGAGAAUCUUCUCGCUGUGCAGGGCAGCGGGUGGGGGUGGCUUGUUAGUGAUGCGCCCAGCGGGAAGCUGAGCAUUGUUAGUGCCAAGGAUCAGGAUCCUAUCACUGAUGCGGUGCCGCUUGUGGGGGUGGAUAUGUGGGAGCAUGCUUAUUAUCUUCAGUAUAAGAAUGAUAAGAAGGCUUAUGCGAAGGCUAUCUGGAAGGUGAUUAACUGGAAGGAGGCUGAGGCGCGGUAUGCGGGUGGGAAGAAGGACGCUCCGAAGGUUUAG